UAUACGGAGUAGGGGAAACAACUACAAUGACAUCAGAAAAGAAAAGUUUAGCUGGCAAGAUUGCCAUAGUGACAGGUGCAUCCAGUGGAAUUGGAGAAGCUAUAGGAAUAACAUUAGCUAAAGCUGGAGCUAAAGUGGCAUUAGCCGCCCGACGGGUAGAUAAACUAGAAGAUGUGAAAAGAAGAAUAGAGGAAUUUGGAGGAGUUUGCAUUCAAGUCAAAACAGAUGUUGCUGUCAGAAGCGAUGUUAAGGAACUAGUGAGGAGAACAGAAACAGAAUUGGGACCAGUCGAUAUAAUGAUCAACAAUGCGGGAACAUGGUAUUAUACACUGGUUAAAAACUUACACGAAGAUAAAUGGGAUCAAAUGAUAGAUGUUAACUGUAAGGGAUUGACUAAUGGCGUCGGAGCAGUUAUAGAUCAGAUGGUAAAGCGCAACUCUGGUCAUAUUGUUAAUAUAUCGUCUGAUUCUGGCAAGAAGGGAUUUCCUGGUCUGGCAGUGUAUACCGGAAGCAAAUUUUUUAUGGAGGGAUUCUCCCAGACAUUAAGACAGGAAGUAUGUAAGCUGGGAAUUCGAGUAACUGUUGUCCAACCUGGUAGUGUCAAUGUUCCGGAUAAGGCAGACAAACAUAUCGAUCCAGAGGUUAAGAUAUUUGAAGAAACGUUAUCUGGUAAAUCACUUGAACCAGAAGAUAUAGCCAAUGCUGUUCUGUAUGCUGUCACACAACCUGAUUACGUCGGAGUAAAUGAAAUACUGGUUCAACCUAGAGAUAAGCCGUUCUAAACAAAACUACAUUUUUAUUUGUAUUGACGCAUAAACAAUUAUUUACUUAAUGUGUUGUAGAUUAAUCUCUUGUAUUAGAUGGUUAUUCUUCAGCGUGUGGCUUUUAUGAGUUAUUCAAGUUGAAUGUUAAUCUUUUGAUAGAAUAUUCACUUUGCAUGUUUCAUCUAAAUAUUCUAAAUAUCACCCAACAUGACUAUAUGUUAUCAAUCUUUUUAAUAACACAUUCUAUAUUUGAGAUAAUUAAACAUUGCUAUUGUAUCCUUUCAGUCUUAAAAAAAAUAUGUAAACUGAAAGAAAAUUUAAACCAACUAAAGGAAAUCGAAACCUUAAAAGAUGACUGCAGUCCAUGUUUUAUUUGAUGGCAGUUAAAAAGUCUAUGAGCAUUACAGUAUGUAUGAGCUCUUGCUCUGAGUGUAUCUGAAGACAUUAAUAGCCUUUUUUGGUUGCAUAUCUACAUGCUUAUAACACACAUGUCAUUUAUUUUGAAAUUGGUAAAAAUAUCAUUACACAUGUAUGUGUAUUUCACAUUAUUUUAAUAACAAAGGAAGCAUCAACUGAACAUUUUGAGUCCCAAGAUUCAUCACAAUGUAAUUCAUUGAAGAUCUGCAUUUUAGAUGAAGAAAAUAAAGACUUGUGUAUAAUCUUGGUGAUAAAAAAUAAACAAUUUUCAUAAAGAUUUUCAUAACGGAAUUUCUUUUUACAGGAAAAUACGUCUGAGAGCUUUGAUAUGCAAGUAUUUGAUUUAUUUUGCGGGAAAACGCUGUGUUUUGAUACAAAGCAAUCUGCCAGAGUUCAAACGAUAAAGAUAUAAGCAGUUUUGUACGUUGUACUUAAACAUGCUUUCAAAUAUUCGAUUUUAAGAGUUGUUGUAAAAGUAAAAAAUGUUUAAGAAACAUAUUUCCUGGACUUUUCCUUCCAAUGUGCAUUAGACAAUGAAAUUGAGAAUGGAAAUGGGGAAUGUGUCAAAGAGACAACAGCCCGACCAAAGAGCAGAUAACAGUCGAAGUCCACCAAUGGGUCUUAAAUAC